UCUUUUGUGAUCAUAAUAUUUAUUUACAGGUCAUUCAACUAGAAAAAAUCAAGCAUUUUCAAAGAGCAUUACGGAUACGAAUGAAAGCUUAAAAUGAAAGCAAUUUUAAAACGACGCAUUAAAGAGACGUCUGCGGAAAUGGGUCAUCAAUCCGAUUUGAAUAUUCCUACUCUUGAGUCAGUUUCUGAACGGCUCGAAAAUUGUAAGCGUGAGCUGAAAAUUGUAAAGAUGUUCCACAAUGCCACUAUUAAUAUCGAACAGGAGAAAAUGCACCGCAAUAAGGAAGACCUUUUUAAGCUGAAGAAGCGCUAUAAGGCUAUGGUUUUGGAAGAAAUUGAGAUGAAAAGGAAGCGUUGGUGCCCUUGCGGGAAAGAGGCCUUAGAUCGUCAUCUACGUUACUGCAGUCAAAAAUGCAAGGAUCAAUACAUAAACGAUAAAGGAAAGUAAAUGUCGUUCUUGUUGUUUGUUUUUCCAAUCGGAAAUAAAAAAUAUCAAACAAUUUGAAAAAGAAAAUAUUCUUGCAUAUUUCAUUUUAAGCGAUUAAAGAUCUCUGACCAGUUCAGUCCGCUAGUUGUAGACUAAAAUAUGAUUUUAGGAAAUUAUUCAGGGAGUUUCUGCUGCUCGUACGAUUUAAUCAGCUGUUGCGUCAAAUAAACUAUGUGGAAGACGCCAAAUACGAAAAUCGCCAAUAACGGUAAUGUGCAAUCUGUCGAUCUUUGCCUUUAUUGCGUAACAUUGUUCUACGUAAGUACUCGCAUAUAAGUAGACCAUCAGAGUUUUUAUAAAGACAUGCACUAUUGCAAUGUUGCUUUGGAGGAUAUAUUGGAUGUAUUUGGCAACCAUUGUUCAAGGGCGGUCUAAAUGAAUUUCUGCUUCUCUUCCCUGACUGAAGAUUAGAACAUAACCUUGUUCGUC